AUGGUCAAACGCGCAAAAUCGCCCGACGCAACGGAUGAUGCUCGAUAUAUGACGGUGUACCAACCUUACCCGAUGAAUGCCAACUGGGAACUUCCCAGCGACGUUAUCGCCUUUGUGUUUUGGAUCGCAGGGUGUAUUGGCGUCGAGCCACUGUUGGGGUUACACUACAAACCCAAGGCGAGUUUCUCCUCUCAUUUGCUUAGUGGUGCACGCGGGAUGGUGCUACUGGAGAUCGACAAAGCCUACCCGGAGCACGAACGCCUUCUCGGGGAACACCGCUGGAUCGAGUUCUUGAAGAACCCAAGGGUGGAUGAGAAGGAGCGGAUUUCGCAGAUCUCUUAUUGUUUGUAUGAUACAGGGCGAGCGGCACAGAAAGACGGAUGGAAGCGCAUACACGUAGAAAGCCACUGGUUCAAAGAUUGGAGUCCGAAUAACGGCGUCGUCCACAAACUCUACCCAACCACACACUGGCGUCCCGUCCCACCCGAAGACAAAACCAACAAACCCCUCUGUCGGAGAGGUGGCAUUUACAAGGCUCGAAUGGCGACCACCCACAAUCCUACACACAAGCACACCUCCACCUACCCUCCCUAUCCCCCGCCUCAUCAUCGUCUCUUUUGCCCCCCUCCUCUCCCACAACUCACCCUUACCGCACACACACCCUCCACCCACGAAAACGCACACCCACCGCACACCUCCGCACACUCAUCGGCGUCGUCUCUCCAGAACUAUUCGACGCGUCGUCAUCCAGGCAUGACAGUCUGGGAAGCCGUCGUUACGGGCUUUGGAGGGGUUUUUUUCCUGCUUAGAGGGAGCGAGAGGGAUAUUUCAUUGCGAUUUUCAUAUGGAUACCUGGUGCUUUCAAUAUAUAUUUCAUUCUCAACCCCAGGAUAUUUCAUUGUGAUUUUCAUAUGGACACCUGGCGCUUUCAAUAUAUUUCAUUCUCAACCCCAGGAUAUUUCAUUGCAAUUUUCAUAUGGAUACCUGGCGCUUUCAUUGGAUAUUUCAUUGUUAGCCCCAGGAUAUUUCAUUGUGCUUUUCAUCUGA